GUCCAGGUGUAGAGGAUCGCAUACCACGUCAUCAGUCAUGAAGGUUUUUGUGGCCAUAGUGUUUCUUCAGGUUUGCCAACUUGCCCUCGGUAUCGAAAUGCCACCUUAUAAUGUUACCAAUUCUACAGAUACAUACGAGGAGCGUGUGUACCCUGCAAGGAAAUGGGUGUCGACUUUCCAAGCUGGUUCCGACAGUGACCUCUUCAACAAACUGUUCAAUUACAUCGAUGGUCAAAAUGAUGCUGGGAUCAAGGUCGACAUGACAGCUCCCGUGACAACGCUAUUCGUCCCGUGUCAAGGCCUUCGAUGUGCGACCAACUUCACCAUGAGCUUCUACGUCCCCGCCGCCCACCAGGACAACCCGCCCACGCCCACCAACCCUGACGUGUACAUCGAAGACCGACCGGAACUGCACGUCUUCUCCAGGCGGUUCCACGGGUUCGCCAGCCACAACGACUACUUCGACAACGCCGCGCAGCUUCACGACGACCUGGUGGCCGCCGGCGAGGAGGGCGUCGACUACGACACUUUCUACGCGGUGGGUUACGACUCCCCCUUCGUCAUCGUCGGUAGGAAUAACGAGGUUUGGUUCGUCAAGAAGUGAGGGGAGUCAGCCGAAAGGAAGCUGUUGUAUUUAUUUAUUUAUUUAUUUAUUUAUUUAUUUAUUUACUUAUUUGUUGUGAUAUACUUGUCUGUAAUGAUUGGUUUAAAACAAAUAUAGAGAGAUAUUGGAAUAACAAGGAUAUUUAUUUGUGUAUCUAUGAUUGGUGAUGACUUCGAGUUUGUGAUUGGUGAUUUAAGUGUAUGAUUGGUGAUGAUGAUAUUGAGUUUUGUUUGAGGGAAAAAAACAAACUCUUGGAAAGAAUUCCGAACUGCGGAGAAUGCAUUAAUCAGAUAGUUUUAUGUAAGUAAUAAAUGCAUAAAUAUA